CACCUGUUCUUGAGACUUUGGGAGCGAGUACUUGACGGCACCGUGACCAAGUGUUCCCAGUUUCAAAUAUGAGCGUUUUGUCUCAAAUUGAGUAUCUAAGCGGACGUAUCGUCGCGGCGUCUGUUGACAAGGGCGAAACGAGUGUGCGGGUGUGCGUGUGUUUGUGCGUGCAAGCAGUGGGUGAAGGAGAGGUGUUUGGAGAGGGACUCAGGUGUGCGUGACUGGAAAACGGAGGAAGCGGUGGCAGAUGUGAGGCAAAGCUGCUGGUGGCUUUGACAUUGAACCGAACGCUAUCGCUGCGAUCUUUCCCCCUUCGUAGAGAGCAAAAUUACGACCUAAUUAUCAAGAGGCGUCACACGAGAGGAAGGUUCAUGUGAACAUGUCGGUCUGCUGCCACGCACUUUGGACACAAGCUCUGCCUCUGGAGUUCGAUCAUUUCUUGAGCCUCAGUCAAGAUUUUCUGUUAAAUUCUCCAAGUUGCAUUGCUAGACCUGUCACUGUUUUAGUGACGGUCCAACGUUGACAUCUGAAGACACGGAAGAAAAGAAUGAGUUAAAGCAACCUGAAAGAAGAGUGCUUUUGGCAUGGCCAGAAAAAGUCUUUGCAGGAGCAGUCGUUGCCUGUGACAGGAUCUUUUCAUUUCACCUUUGGCUCAAUAAACAAACACAAGAUGAUUCUGUGGCGACUCCUCUUCUUCAUUUGGGCGACGUUUGAGCAAACGGACUCUGUCCAGUCUAGUGAACGGCGAGUUGUAGCCCACAUCCCUGGCGACAUCAUAAUUGGAGCCCUUUUCUCUGUGCAUCAUCAGCCCCCUGCAGACAAGGUUCAUGAACGCAAGUGUGGCGCGGUUCGAGAGCAGUAUGGCAUCCAGCGGGUGGAGGCCAUGAUGCACACGCUGGACCGCAUCAACGCAGACCCUCACAUCCUUCCCAACAUCACCCUCGGAUGUGAGAUCCGCGACUCCUGUUGGCACUCCGCCGUGGCUCUGGAGCAGAGCAUCGAAUUUAUUCGGGAUUCGCUGGUAUCCUCCGAUGAGGCAGAGGAGUGGGGUGGAGGAACCCCUUGGGGAGGCGGCGGUGGGGGAGCAGCCAUGAAGUGCACCGACCCCUCUGCCACUCCCAUGCGAGGGAAAAAGCCCAUCGUGGGCUUAAUCGGGCCGGGAUCAAGCUCAGUAGCAAUCCAGGUCCAGAACCUUCUUCAGCUGUUCAACAUACCACAAAUUGCCUACUCUGCCACCAGUAUGGAUCUGAGUGAUAAGAGUCUUUACAAGUACUUCAUGCGGGUGGUGCCAUCAGACGCUCAACAGGCAAGGGCCAUGGUGGACAUUGUCAAGAGAUACAACUGGAGCUAUGUGUCUGCCAUCAACACUGAAGGCAACUAUGGCGAAAGUGGGAUGGAAGCAUUCAAGGACAUGGCGGCCAAAGAGGGCAUUUGCAUCGCUCAUUCUGGCAAAAUCUGGAGCAAUGCUGGAGAGCAGAGCUUCGACCGAUUGGUGGAAAGGCUGAAGGCCCACCUGCCCAAGGCCAGGGUGGUGGCGUGCUUCUGCGAGGGCAUGACUGUCCGGAAUAUCCUCAUGGCUAUGAGGCGCCAAGGACUGGUGGGAGAGUUUCUUCUCGUUGGCAGUGACGGCUGGGCUGACCGGUAUGACGUGACAGAUGGUUACGUGAAGGAAGCUGCCGGUGGCAUCACCAUAAAGCUUCAGUCUGCUGACGUCAAAUGGUUUGACGACUACUACCUUAAACUGCGCCCUGACAACAACCUGAGGAACCCCUGGUUUACCGAAUUUUGGCAACAUCGCUUCCACUGUCGACUGAAGGGCCACCCACAGGAAAAUAGCAAGUUCAACCGCACCUGCAGCAAGCGAGAAUCUCUCCGGCAGCAGUAUGCACAGGACACUAAAAUGGGGUUCGUCAUCAACGCCAUUUAUUCGAUGGCAUAUGGCCUGCAUAACAUGCAACGGGCACUGUGCCCAGGCUAUCAGGGCCUGUGUGACGCCAUGAGGCCUAUUGAUGGUGCUACGCUGUUGGACUUCCUCAUGAAAACUAACUUUACUGGAGUAUCUGGGGAGGGAAUCCUCUUUGAUGAGAAUGGAGACUCGCCUGGCAGGUAUGAAAUCAUGAAUUUCAAGAAGAUGGGAAAGGACUACUACGAUUACAUUAACGUGGGCAGUUGGGACAACCGCGGAUUGAAAAUAGAUGAUGAUGAAAUAUGGUCAAGCAAAGAUGUUGUCAUCAAGUCAGUUUGCAGUGAACCCUGCGACAAAGGGCAAAUUAAGGUGAUCCGUAAAGGUGAGGUGAGCUGCUGUUGGACGUGUACUCCCUGUAAAGAAAAUGAAUUUGUGUUUGAUGAGUAUACCUGCCGAGCAUGUGACCUGGGCUCCUGGCCCACUCAUGACCUCACAGGAUGUGAUCCAAUUCCGGUGGAGUACUUACGAUGGGGGGACCCCGAACCCAUCGCUGCUGUGGUCUUUGCCUGCCUUGGGCUCAUGGCGACAUUCUUUGUCACCGCCGUCUUCAUUAGGUUCAGGGACACUCCUGUGGUGAAAUCCUCCAGCAGGGAGCUCUGCUAUAUAAUUCUGGCAGGUAUCUGCCUGGGGUACCUGUGUACCUUUAGCCUCAUCGCCAAACCACAUGUCAUCCAUUGCUACCUGCAACGCCUGGGAAUUGGCCUGUCACCCGCCAUGAGCUACUCUGCUUUGGUUACCAAGACCAACCGCAUUGCACGGAUCCUGGCAGGCAGCAAGAAGAAGAUUUGUACAAAGAAGCCUCGAUUCAUGUCCGCCUGCGCCCAGCUCAUCAUUGCCUUCCUGCUCAUACUGUUACAGCUCGGCAUCAUUGUAGCGCUCUUCCUCAUGGAGCCACCCCAGGUGAUCCAUGACUACCCUAGCAUCCGUCAAGUCAACCUCAUAUGCAACACCACUAACUUGGGUGUGGUUGCUCCUCUGGGAUACAAUGGCCUGCUCAUUCUCAGCUGCACCUUCUAUGCCUUCAAAACCCGCAACGUUCCUGCUAAUUUCAACGAGGCCAAGUACAUUGCCUUCACCAUGUACACCACCUGCAUUAUAUGGCUGGCCUUUGUUCCCAUCUACUUUGGCUCCAAUUACAAAAUAAUCACCAUGUGCUUCAGUGUCAGCCUCAGCGCCACAGUGGCCCUUUGCUGCAUGUUUGUACCAAAGGUGUACAUCAUUCUGGCCAAACCAGAGCGAAACGUGCGCAGUGCCUUUACGACCAGUACAGUGGUACGCAUGCAUGUCGGCGAUGGCAAAUCAUCCUCAGCUGCUAGCCGCUCCUCCAGUCUGGUUAACCUGUGGAAACGCAAAGGCUCCACUGCAGAGACUCUCAGCUCAAACGGUAAGUCGGUGUCUUGGGCCCAGACCGAGCGCAACAGUUCACACGGGAACCACUUGUGGCAGCGUCUGUCCUUCCACAUCAAGAAGAAGGAGAACAAUCAGACAGCGGUCAUCAAGCCCUUCUCCAAGACAUCCGAGGAGCGCUACUGCGGAGGAGCCGACCUUCCUCCACACAUGCCCCUGCCUUCCCUCCCCUCCAUUUCCUCCCUGCCCUCUCAAAGUGACACCGGCGCCGACAAGAAUCUGUACGACCUAUCCGAAGCAGAGGAGAGGUAUUCCCUCACAUAUCGGCCACAAACGCCCUCCCCAAUCAGUACGGUGAGCCAGAGACUCGCCGCCGCUUUGGAGGAGGAGCCUCAGACACCGAGCGGCGCUAAGUAUCCCGGCAGCACUUGCAGCCAGAGCAGCGGCAGCAGUUACGGCCAGGUCAGCAGCGGCUCGGGCGUGGCCGGGUGUGACGGUCGCCUGAUCAUCUUGGAGGGUCGUCCGGUGGCAUGCCAAAGCAACCUGAUGGAUCAGAUCAGCUGCGUGGUGAACCGCUUCACAGCCAACAUCAGCGAGCUCAACACCAUGAUGCUGCUCUCCUCCCCUACGCACCCCCACGCGCACAAACACUCGCCACCGGCGCCACACCCCACCGACCCCUAUCUUCUUCCUCGUGAGAUCCACACCCCUCCUAUCGUCACCACCUAUGCCGAAGUCCAGCCCCACCCCCUCGCCGAGCCGAGCUUGGGCCGCCAGGUUGGCUGUCCCAUUCAUCCCGUCCCCCUUCCACAUCCGCCUUACCCUCUUCCACCUCCUCAUCCCCAGUCCUCCCCUUCCCUUUCCCCCAUGCGAGGUGGCUUGGUCACCUGCCUCAUGGACUCGCCACUGGGGAGGGUGGAAUUGGAGGAGGAGCUGAUUGCUUUGACUCCCCCGUCGCCCUUCCGAGACUCUCUGGCAUCAAGUAGUAGCUCGGCUGUGUCUGAUCUAGAUCUUUGUCUCCCUCCGGUGCCCUCCCAUCCUCCCCCGUCACCUCCUUCGCCCAGGUACAGGAGACUAAAUCUCAGAAACUACAGCCUGAGUUCCUCUUCGCUGUGAGGCAGAAACGACACAGAGGGAGAGGACAAAGCAGACGGAUCGACUGGAAUCCGUUCAUCCCCACGACGAUGUGAAAACGUUGUGUUUACAUGUGUGCAGUGAGAUCAUAUUUUCAUCGUGAUGUUCCUUACAUCCGAAAGGAAAUUGGCCACAACGCAAAUCCGUGGUUGGAAAAAUAUGUCUUAGGUUUAGAUUGUGGCCUUACGCUAACAUGGCUGUCAGCUAAUUAGAGCUAGCGAUUGUGCACUCGUGGUCCGUGUCUAUGUACUGUACGUAUACCUCCAUGAGUGCGUUUUAUUUGUCUUAAGGAGAAACGGGGCAAAGCUUGUGGACCAACGAAAAGCUCCCAAAGGGCACAUAAACUGUACAAUGAACCUGCUGCACUGCAGUCAAACACGCACAGUCCGUGUGUGUCGAGACGCACACCAGAAGUAAACCUGUAAAUAUUUCUCAAGUUGUGGGUUGCAGAACUUUAUUGUCGCAGCUGCGGUAUGUUGCUUAGCACAAAAGCAUCUUUACAUGACAUUUAUAUUAGCCGUCAAAACUGUUACUCUGUUGAACUUGAUUCUUGAAGGGUUUGAAGGGAAACUUUGGUUUGACUACAUCGAAUCUUGUUGGUAAUUGGCUCAAAUCUGAACUCAUGAGUUUAUAGCGACGUUACGCUUGAUGUCAGUCUCAUCGAGAAUUUCUAUGUAAUGUGACAGCGGCGUACCACUGUCACUCUCCUUCAUAAUAUUUGACAGAAUUCAUUAGAUUCACUUCCAUCUCUUUGGGGGAAAAGUUCACAUCAUUAGCUUCUGUCAGUCUGCGGCGCAGGUGCAAACUUGAAAUUAUUCCCUCGCGUCCGUCGCAGAGCUUUGAUAAAUCCUCCUCUCUGCCGAAUGCAUGUUCGUAGAAAGCACUUGAGGCCAAUUAUACAUAUCAUUUCAAAACAAAUAAAAUCCAAGUAUUUUUAGUCACACAUUUUGGUCAAUGCUAAAUUAUUUCAAACAUAUUAAAUGAAGUGCUUGCUACCACGUUUACACAGGCAAGUACCGGUACUGUAUAGAAAUUCUUUUCUUGUUGCCUGGCAACCUUACAUAAAAAAAA